AUGGUCUCCCCACCUCGCUUCUUCAUCGUCAGGCCUGACGGCAAAAAACCGACCGCCGACGGCAAAGUGAAUACACUCCCGGGCCCCAUCGUGCCCCUCAUUGCCGUCGAUGAACUGCCCGAGUGGCUCAACAUCGUUGGCGUCCCCCGCGAGCUCACCGUCGAGCAGACCGUUGGGCUUUACAAUCUGGGAACCGUCAGCAAGAGCAAGGGCUCGUACGCCGUUGAGAUUACCCACCAGGCUCUCCCUGCUGUCCGUCAGCUGCCGGGUACUCUGAAAGCCAUCGAGCCAAAGCCAGAGAACCAUACUACCGCCAACCCGCCUCAUGAAACCACUACUACUCGCCAGUCUGCCGCUGCGUCGCCCGAAACCGCAGUCCACCCAGCAGACCGCAUGAAAGCCCACUGGAGCGAGGCCCACGCCCGUGCCGCGGGACUCGUCAGCAACACCACCGGCUCCCCAACACCCCGGCAGCAGCAGCAGCAGCUCCAGCCCCAACGCUCACUUUCAGCCGCCACCAGCCACCCUUCUCCUCCCAGGAGCAGCACCAAGAGCAGCGGCAGCAGCAGCAACAACAACCCCGCCUCGAGCCCGAACCCGAGCCCAAGCGCCAACCCAAGCACCAGAACAGAGUACUGCCGCCACUGGUGCCACCACGGCACCUGCAAAUGGGGCCUGCACUGCCGCUACCUCCACGCCAUGCCCGCCACGCCGGCCGAGCUGGCCGCCGUCGGCCUGCGCGGCCUGCCGGCCUGGUGGGUGGCGCUCCAGCAGCACUGUUACAACAGCAACAACAACAACGACAACCACAAUAAUGGUCACCAAUCCAAUGCCAUCGGUAACAGCAGCAACGGCAACGGCGGUACACCGGGAUCGCGCACGGUUGAGCACGCGCUUGGCCCGGAUACCGCCGGCGGCGGCAGCAGCAGCAACAACAGCAAAAGCAGUGGUGGCUUGUAUUUUGAUCCGCGGGACGUGCGAGCCCCGGGCGGCGGGGCCGGAGGGAUGAUGCACCCGAUGGGAUGGGGGAUGGUGCCGGGCGCUGUUCGGGCGGGCGGCGCGGUGGUGAGCGGUCAUGGCGGCGGGCAGAAGGCGGCGACGAGGGCCCAGCUGCGGGAGACGCUGGCUCUGCUGCGGGAGCUGAGGCUGAGGCUGGGGCUGGGGUCGGAACUGGGAGGAGGAGGAGGAGGAGUGGGAGGCGGCGGGAAGGCCGUGCGCAAGAGGGAGGUGAAUCCGCUCGAGAAGGGGCGGGGCAAGGGCGUCGUCGGCGGCGACAAGGAGGCCAUGUUGACGGCUGCGAAGACUGGCGGGCUGGCGGCGAGUAUUCAUGCUCCUGCUGCCGGGGCCGAUCGGGGCCAGGCGCAGACGGGGACUGUGGUGACCCCUCCAGCGGGGCUCGCAGUGCAGACGACCGGUGGAAAGGGAUGCGGGGAGAAGGCGACGGGUUUGCCUGCUCAGCCCGCUGAAACUCAGAAGGUCGACAAGUUGGUUGAUGUGUAA